UAGUAUUCUUUUAUCUCGACGUUGUGUAUAUACGAAAAUACUUUAUCAAGGCGGGCAGAGAGUCAAUGUUCAGCAGUUUUGUCGGCGACACCGGCUAAAUCAAAUCGAGUAUUUUUUUCAUUGUAAAGAAGAAAGUGAAGAAGAAAAAUGUUUUUCCUUCUAACGCUUGUGAGUGGAAUUGUUAUUGCAAUCUACGUGUAUUUUACGUGGCAUUUUGAUCAUUGGGCCAAGAAGGGCAUUCCCGGGCCCAAUGCGAGAUUCUUCUUUGGAAACUUCCCAAGUAAUGUGACUCAGAGUCGAAAUAUGGUGUAUGAUGCUCAUGAUAUUUAUCAGUUGUAUCGAGGUAAAUUUAACUUUGUUGGCUUCUACCACAUGCGAGCUCCAGGUUUGAUGGCGCUAAAUCCCGAGACGGUUAAAGAGAUACUUAUCAAGAAGUUUAGGAACUUUCAUGAUAAUGAAUUUGCCGAUAUGGGCGAUAAGGAGGUGGAUAAGAUGUUCAGUAGGAAUCCAUUUAUGCUCCAAGGUGAUGAAUGGAAGGAAAAACGAGCAGAGAUUACACCUGCCUUUACCCCUGCUAGGAUUAAAACUAUGUUCCCAGUUAUUGAAGAUGUCUGCCAGCGGAUGAAUACAUAUGUGCAAGCAAACAAUAAGGAUGCAAUUGAAGUACGAGAGAUGUGUGCAAAAUAUGCAACAGAUGUUGUUUCAAGUUGCAUCUUUGGCUUAGAUGCGGAAUCAUUUACAACGGAAAAGCCCCUAAUUAGGGAAAUGGGUAUAAAGCUCAUGAAUCCCACAUUUACAGCCAUCCUCUACUUCAUUCUCAUUGAAAUCCUCCCAUUUAUGCGACAUAUCAUACGUAUGCCGUUUGUCCCGAAGGAAGUGGAGACAUUCUUUGUGAAUUUAAUGCGAGAUGCCAUUCUUCUGCGGAGGAAGAAUAAAAUUGAACGUGUGGACUUUCUGCACUACCUACUGGAGCUUCAGGAGCGAAAGGGCUUGAAGGAUAUUGACAUGGUGGCACAUGCGGUUACCUUCUUCCUCGAUGGCUUUGAAACAUCCAGUGUAGCUAUGUCCUAUGCUCUCUAUGAAUUAGCCAAAAAUCCCGAUUGCCAAGAUAAACUUCGCAGUGAAAUAAGAGAGACUGAAAGACUGCAUGGGAAAAUCACCUUUGAGCACCUCCUGGAGAUGCCCUACUUGGAGCAAGUGAUGAUGGAGACCCUUAGAUUACGAUCUCCGGCUCUUUUGCUCUCGAAAAAGUGCACAGAAAGUUGCCAAUUGGAACUCACUGAUGGGGAGAUGAAGACCAUUGAGAAAGAUAUUUCAAUAAUGAUUCCAAUCUACAGCAUUCACCUUGAUCCGCUUUACUAUGAAAAUCCCCAAGAAUUCAAUCCUGAUCGCUUCAGCCCAGAGACAGGUGGAACAAAGCCAUACCGUGAGAAAGGAGUCUUCAUUCCCUUCGGUGAUGGACCACGUGCUUGUCUUGGACAGAAGUUUGCUCUCACGCAGGUUAAAGCAGGAAUUGUGGACGUUGUUAGGAACUUUCAGCUACUUCCCAACUCCAAGACUCAGGAGCCCAUUGUGAUUGCCCCCGGGGAAUUUACCUCAGCUCCUGUUGGAGGGCUAUGGCUUAAUUUUAAGGAAUUGUCCUAAAUGAACGAUUGAGGAAUUGUUAAUAAAUGUUUUUUUUCUGUU